CGCGGGUGUCCGGGCGCGGAGCCGCCGGUGCCGGAGCCGCCGCGGGCAGCGCAGGCGCCGCCGGCCCGGGCAGCGCCCGCCCCUUCCGCUUCCUCCGGGCCCCGGAGCCGCCGCCGGAGCCAUGAUCGGGGAUCUGCUGCUCUGCGGGACGCUGCUGGUGAACGCCGGUGCCGUGCUCAACUUCAGGCUGAGGAGGAGGGACACGGAGGGAUUCGGAGAGGAGCCGAGGGAACCCACGACCGGUAACGGAGGGGAUGCGGCAGCCGGGCACAGCCCUGCCCUGGGCCGCCAGGACUCGCACAGGACCGGGCUUUUCUGGAGGAAAUCCUGGGCCAAACCACAGUUUUUCCACCCCUUUUCGUUUGAUGUGAAUUGCUGUGGGGCUGGAAUAACUGGCUUAUUAACUUGUAAACUGGGAUGUUCUGAAACCAGAACAAACGCACAAAAAGCACAUUUCUUGCAGCAUUUUUGACUGUAGGUACCUGUGCUAUAGAGGUAACACUGCUCACUCCCUGAUUGCCUUUUCCAUGUGGAUACACCCGUGUUGCUCCCUUGUAGCUCUGUUUGCUAGUUUAAAACCCCAGGAAGCCUUUGAACUACAACUCGUCUUCCCUUUUUUGCAGUGUGACCCCUUUUUAUAAUUUUUUGGUCAUUUUGCCACGUAUCCUUAAGAAGUUGCACUGAACAGAGCAUCCAUCCUUCACCUAAAACCUCAAAUUUCAGUCUGAACUUUUUGUUGUGUUUUUUUGUUUUUUUUUUUUCCUCUCAAAGUAGCUUGUGUUUUUCAGGCAGUGCUGAAAAUGUGAUUGUUGGGUGUGUUUUUCAUAUCCAAAAGCUUCUCCUCUUGAU